GUGGCGGGGGCAGGGUGGCUGCCUGGGGAGGGGCGGGGAAGGGGCCGUCCUGCUUUUCUUCCCAGAGCACAGGAGAUAAACAGUUGGGUGUGGCUAGAGCUGUUCCUACAGGGGGCAGGGGACAGACAUGAUGGUCCCUGAGGAGCCUUACCGUUAACAUAAAUUAUCCCGGAUGCUGUGUUCCCGGGCCAGCCCUUUUGGCACAUGGCAGAGAAGGCAAGAGCUGGGGAGGAGGUGCUGUGCUCUAGAGUGGACCCUGAGAGGCUGACAAGCAAUCCCACUGGUCUCUGGGACCCAGGCAGGGCACCAAGAUGGCUGACUGCUGUCCAAACCUACCCCCCUGGCCACAGGGGCUGGAGCGGCUGCUGGAGCCCAGAGGCCCUGUCAGUGGCCGGCCAGGGCCCCCCUUGGCUCUCCAGUGUGGUCUGAGAGCACUGUCACAGCCCAGCUGUGACUAGCUUCCUCCCCCGGCCCCCCUCACCUCCUGGCUGCACUUGCUGUCCUUCUCUGCCUGCAGCACGUCUCCGCCUAUUGGGUGGUCCUCCCAAUGAACGGAGGCCUCAGAGAAGUGGCCGGUAAUGGAGAGAGAACACUGCGGCAGAGGCUUCAGAGGGGAGUCCAUCCCUCUCUGAGCCACAGCAGGCUCCCAGGAAAUCCAGUCUCUUAUCAGCAAUGAGAGUAGUCCCAGCAAGCUCUGUCAGCAUUCAGUCCUUCCCUCCCCAGGGCUCAGCAGGGGGAGGUACCCUGUCUGGCCUGGUGAAGGACCUCUUGGCCUUGGGGAUCACCCCAGGGUAGGUAUUGAGUGGGAGGGCCCUAGGGCAUCUGGAGGAUGUGGGCCCCUGCCUGGAGGUGGGGGAGACAGCUGGUGUGCUCAAGUCCUCCUCCCCUCACCCCUGCACUGUCAGACCUCCUUAUCCCUGUGGUCAUGGACACACGUGCAAACUGCUUCCAGAGAGGGUUAGAGCCCUUCGCAGGAGGCGGCACAGCUGGGAUUACACCUCAGGUUUCUGAGUGAAUCCAAGCAAGUUAAGGAACAGUUCUCUGCCUCUGUUUCUCCAUCUGUAACAUGGGUGUGGUGGUCUCAGUCCAGCUCUAUGUGACAAACAAGUCAAACCAUAGCUCUGCCUCAAGAGCCAAGGAGACAGCCUCGGCAAUCCCGUGUCCUCGGCCUGAUGGGCCUGAUGGGGUUGGCAGCAAUGGACUGAAACUGGGCAGAGCCCGCUUCUCCAGGGAGAGCCCGGGUAGAGCAGAUGGCAGGAUCACCAAGCCAGUUCCCUUGCCUGUGGGUGGAGAUGCGGGACUGCUGGGCAUGGAAGCUUCCAGAGCUGAGCAAAAAUGACAAGAGGCCCCAGCCUUGGUGAGUCAGGACUCCCAGGGGCUCACUUCCCUCCUGAACUCAUUGUCUGAUGGGGUUUGGGCAAAGGACAGACCAGCCUGCCAGUCACCAUCUUUUCAGACCCAGAGGCGAGACCAAGCCUCAACAACAGAAUGGAAGCCACGCAUGGUCGGGGCUGAUGUCCUCCAGCAGCAUGUCUACUUGUCUUCUCUGGGGUCACACCUAUGUCCCCAAGGAACUUGAGCAGCUGUGAAUCUCCCUUCUGCCUUGAAUCGCCCUGCAACCUCCCAGCUGCCUCGGUCUCUCGGGCACACCUGUGGAGCCUGCUGGGAGAGGCUUUGCCAGGCAAACAGUGCCUGGGACGGGCAGGAAGACACAGCCUGGGCUCUGGAGUCCCUGGUGACAGGGCUGGGUCACCAUGGAGGAGGCAAAGGCUCCGGGUCAUGGUGGCUUCUUGCUCUUAGGGUCCCACCGCCUUCUGUCUCCCUGACUGCCUAGGCAUGGGAGGGGGUGGGUAGGUGGGAGGCAUCCUCUCGUGUCCUAGCAGCCCCUGCCGUGUGCAGGGGCUCCCAGUUGGUGUCCUGGCUUCAGGGCAGCUGUGACAGGUGGAGAAACUCAGGGGACUGCUGAGAGAAGAAAGUGUAGGACAAGGCCUUCCAAAAAGCCUCUCUUACCUAAAAGGAGGAAAGCAGAGAGGGAAUGUGUGUGUGCGUGCAUACACUGAAUGGAGCAGGUCAUUGUUCCUCUCCAGUACACCCACAUACACCCCCUUCCCUCACCCCUAAUCCCUAGCUCCCUCACGGAGGGCCUCACCUCUCCAGCAGGCUGAGCAGGGUCUGGUGAAAGGGUAGGGCAGGCCAGGGAGCCCAACUGUCGGGCCUAACGUCUCCUCCUCUGGCGUCUCUCCCUGGGAGCUGGCCCUCCUCUCUCUCUUUGAGUCCCGGACUUGGGCUGCUAGGCUUCCCAGGCAGCAAAAAUUAGUCUCAACACCGCUAUUAUUCCUAAUGUUUCUCCUGCUGAUCUGGAUUUUAAGUGUUCAUCGUUUCCAGCAUACUUUCACCUCUAGCCUCGUAUUUUUAUACUGAUAAUAAGGCAGGUAUUUUUUACCCCACCUCACCCCCAUUUUACAGUCAAAUCGAGGCACAGAAUGAUUGACCUACGGUCACAUAGCUGGCUAAUAAGCAGAUGGAGGGGUGAGGAGACCGGCUGUGUAGCAGCUGGGCCCGUGCCCUUUCCUCGUGCCCCUCACUCCAGAUGCAAUCUCCCUGAACCCCAACAUUUUCUUCUCUUACAGGAACGGGCUCAGGCACGUACAUUCCCUCCUCUCUCACCUAUGUUUGAAAUCUUACAUCGUAGGGGCUCUGUGAGUGAGACAGGCAGCCCGGCCCCUCAGGGAGCAGACCACCCAACCAGGCAGACAGAGAGACAGACACAGCAUAAGGCUGUCAGAAGGGACAGGAUGCCGCAGAGAGCAAGUCCAGAGAGCAGCAGGUGCGUAGGGUCGUGGGGUCUCUCUGCUCACCCCCAAGCAUGUAGGCACAGCUCUGCCUCCCAGAGUCGGGGGUUCUCUCCACUUACACUGGCGUGAGCCACCGAGUAUUCUAAGCAUCAGACAGGUACAGUGGCUGGUGGCCGGGGCACACUCUCUGGCCUGACAGUUGUUCAUGAUCCCUUCUUCCCUCCCACGGACCGAGAGGCCGGAAGGUAAAUGCAUUCCCAAAUUGCUUCCUCAUACCACCUCACCCCAUACGCACGUGCCAGGCUUCUCACACAGCUGCUGGGGUGGGUGGGGGCAGGGGCCUCACCUAAGAGUCCCCUUAGGCCUGUCCAGCUGCCCCAGACAAUCCACGCAUCCACCCCUGAGAUUCUGGACUCUUCAAGACUCAAGCCUCGCCCUCCUGUUGCUCAGCUGGACCGGGCACCUGAGGGCAAAGGGGCUUGUUGCCCAGGUGAUGAGCGCCUGUUGUCCCUCCCAGUGACGAUGAAAGCAGUCCCUCUGAGAAGCUGAGUCUGACUCAGCUGUGCUUUGAGAGCAUCUUGUUAGUCAUGCCUGGGGCCUUCCUGGAGCAGGUGGCCUUGCUGGGGCCAGAAGGGAUGCUGCUGCCGGUGGUAGGUGGAGCACUGUGGAAGGAACAUGGGCCCCGGGACUCCCAGAGGAAGAGGAAGGCUGGACUCAGAGCUCAGAUCCACACUUUAAGGGAAAGGUGUGGGGUACUAGUUGCUUGUAUGUGUUUAGACUUUGACCAGUGUGGACUCUGGGUGAAGGUGCCCUAUGUUUAGGACCUCAUCUCACUCUGUCUGACAGAGUUCUUCUUAAGGCUGCCGUUGUCUUGCUGGGGUGUGAGGUGUGGGCAGCCAGAGCUGUUUCUGGGUUGCUGAGUGGAGGAGAAUGCAGGCUUUCCUGGCAUGGAGGGGACUGUAGCCAGCAGAGGGGCGGAGAGAGGGUGGCUUUUUGCUGGGGUCAUGACAGCAAGGCAUUUUUAGCUCACUCUCCUUCCAGAAAGGUGCCCUGGAAACCAGAGCACGAGGAGGCCCAGGUGGGUGUCAGGGCAGUCCUCCGUGGGUGCAGCGUGUGGAACCAGAGGGGCCUAGGUCUCAGCGGCCACGCGGCCAAGGGCAAGUCCCUUCCUCUCUCUCCCUUGCUUUCCUGACUUAUAAACAGGGAUCUUGACUAGAAAGGUUGGGAUGUAUUCCCAUUCUCAGGGUCUUGACUUAGGCUGCUCAAGGCAAUGGGAGAUGAGGGGGCAGUGACCCCUCUUGGUCAUAAAGCUGCGACUCUCCGAGCAUCUUCCCAGUGGUGGCCUCCAGCCAGGACAGUGCGUCAACUGCGGGCAAUUUGAUUAGAAAGAUUUUCAGUUCCCUAUCCCUAAAUAUCGCCUCGGGCAGCCCACCUGAGCGCUGGUUGUCUGUAGAAGGCCCCUGUUGUGUAGAUACAUAACUUGGGAAGAUUGUAAUGGUCUAAUGGUCAGGAUUCUAACCCUUCUAAUGGUCGCUUCAAGGGAGAACUAAGAAGGAAGAGACCUGAGGCGGUGCAGGAGGGGAGUUUUCCUGACACUGGGCGAGGGGCAAGGCCCAGAGUAUCACCUGGGGAUCACAGGGCACCCCGGGGGAGGGGGGUGGCCGGCUUCACCUGCUCAGAUUUGCUGGGGCCGGUGCUGCAGGGGCAGAGGAAGAUGGUGGCUCAUGGAGGAUGCCAGCCUUCUUGAUCUCUCUUUUUCUCUUGGUUCUUCACUUCUGUGCUGAGCAGCUGUCUCAUCAAGUAGAACACAGAGCCAUGGAUUUGUCCCCCACUGAUGCUCCUAGCUUCCCCUAGGCAUGUUAUGGUGCUACAGCCCCACCCAGGAAAAGAAGCGAUCUCCUUUGGCAAUCACACCAGGAAAAAUGGAGUCAUGUGCGUCUCGCUGUAAUGAGAAAUUUAACCGGGGUGCGGCUUGCCAGUGUGACCGCCGGUGUCCCCGACAUGGGGACUGCUGUGAAGACUAUGAGCACCUGUGUACCGUGGAGCCAGAGCCAUUCCUGGAGCUGGAGGAAGAGACUGAGGAGGCCCCAGUGAGCCACCUGUAUUCGGCGCCCAGCUCCUGUCGGGACCGUUGCCAGGAGGCCUUCGACAGGCACCAGCCAUGCCACUGCGAUGCCCGCUGCCCAGAGUUUGGGAACUGCUGCAAGGAUUUCGAGAGCCUGUGUGGCCACGAGGGCUUCUCCUACAGUAGUGACGCCAUAACCAAGGAGGAGCUGCAGAGCAUCUCUGAGAAGAUCUACAGGGCAGACACCAACAAAGCCCAGAAGGAAGACAUCAUUAUCAACAGCCAAAACCGCAUCUCGCCCUCAGAGACCCGAGACCAAGUGGACCGCUGCCCAGAGCCGCUCUUCACAUACGUCAACGAGAAGCUGUUUUCCAAGCCGACCUACGCAGCCUUCAUCAACCUCCUCAACAACUACCAGCGGGCCACAGGCCAUGGGGAGCACUUCAGCGCGCAGCAGCUGGCCGAGCAGGAUGCCUUCCUCAGAGAGGUCAUGAAGACGGCGGUCAUGAAGGAACUCUAUGGCUUCCUCCGUCACCAGAAUCGCUACAGCUCAGAACAAGAAUUUGUCAGCGACCUGAAGAACAUGUGGUUUGGGCUCUAUUCAAGAGGCAAUGAAGAGGGAGACUCAAGUGGCUUUGAACACGUCUUUUCAGGUGAAGUCAAAAAAGGCAAAGUCACUGGCUUCCAUAACUGGAUCCGCUUCUACAUGCAGGAGAAGGAGGGCCUGGUUGACUAUUACAGUCACAUCUACGAUGGUCCUUGGGAUUCUUACCCCGACGUGUUGGCCAUGCAGUUCAACUGGGACGGCUACUACAAGGAGGUGGGCUCAGCCUUCAUCGGCAGCAGCCCUGAGUUUGAGUUUGCACUCUACUCCCUGUGCUUCAUCGCCAGGCCAGGCAAAGUGUGCCAGUUAAGCCUGGGUGGAUACCCCUUGGCCAUCCAGACCUAUACCUGGGACAAGUCCACCUACGGAAAUGGCAAGAAAUACAUCGCCACAGCCUAUGUGGUAUCUUCCACCCAAUAGAGCUUGGAGCCCAGACAGGGGCAUGAGGACAAUGGGAGCUCUUGCAAGAUCAGGUGCUAUCUGCUCUGGGCUGGAGGAAGAUGGGGAAGA